GUCAGCUUGUGAUGGGAACAUUGCGUCGAUUUAGAAACUCUUUAAAAUUAAAUAAAUGUCAAUUUGCAUGAAAUGACUGACUAAUAAGCAGCUUGGUUUCAGUUUCAAUCUCAGUCAGGCGAUAAGAAGUUGGAAGCCUCGUUUCCCAAGGAGAGUAGCUGUCUUAAAGCCUUCAGAACCUUUGUAAUCAUGAGUGAAUGCACAAACUUCACAGAAGGAGAAUUCUAUCAGGCACAUUUUGACCCGCGUGCUUAUGUCAGGAAUUUCUACUCCAGCCCUCGAGGACACUCCGACGAAAAGGAUUUCCUUACUUUUGUUUUAGGGGUCUUCAGUAGAUUAUUUUCAACUGGGAAACACAGAGGGCAAAGGUUGAUAGACGUGGGGAGCGGACCAUCAAUCCACUGCGUCAUUAGCGCCUGCGCACACUAUGACGAGAUUCUUCUGUCUGAUUUCUCUGACAACAAUCGUAGAGAAAUUGAAAAAUGGCUAAAAAACCAAGAAGGGUGUCUAGAUUGGAGUCCCAUCCUCCAGCACGUUAGUAAAACGGAGGGGAAAAGACCGUCCGAUUUAGAGGCUACGCUGAAGCAAAGAAUCAAAAAGGUUUUAAAAUGUGACGUCCGCCUGGAGAAUCCGUUUGAUCCGCUGACACUGGAACCAGCUGACUGUGUCAUUACAUCUCUGUGCUUGGAAGCAGCCUGUAAAGACAUGCAGAUAUACCGCCAGGCUUUACAUGGGUUGACCAAGCUCCUGUGUCCCGGUGGACUAUUCGUCAUGGUGGGUGUUCUGAGUGAAACCUUCUACAAGGUGGAUGAACAGCUCUUUUCUUGUCUUAGCCUCAAACAGAAUGAUAUCGAGGAAGCACUGAAAGGUUUUGGCUUCUCUAUCCAAGAGUUUAAUGUACUACCUGCUGAAGACCAAAACAAUUCUGUGUCUGACUUUGAGGCCGUUUUUGUUCUUGUGGCGACCAAGAACAUCUGAUUACUUGCAAAUAAAGAAAUGCAUAUAAUAAUGACUAAUCCGAUGCAUUUAAAACUAGUAGGUGCCUAAUUUUUUAUUAAAUUUUAAAUGGUAUUUGAAAAGAUAAAUCAUAGAUAAUUUUUUAUGCUAAUGUGUUUCUUAAAAUUUAUUAAAACAUUUGUAUAUAUCCAGUGCUACAAGUGUGAUAGUGAUAUUGAUUCUGUUAGAUUUUGAUGUAUUUGCUUAAACGUUCUUGGGUGGCUCGCCAAUGUAUUACUCUUUGUAUGACUCUAAUACAUAAAAUAAAUACGCUGACCAAAGUUUUUACUGAGAGAAGACUUUAUUGAAGACAAUAGCUUUUUUCCAUCCUUCUAUUUUUAUGCACAUUUUGGAUGUACGCAUAAACAACGAUUGACGUAAACGCUAAGAUGCGCAUACAUUUUGAUAGGGCUGGACAUUAUGGCAAAAAAUCAUAUCACGAAAUAUUUCUUAAUUUCGGUUGAUACGAUAUAAUUCCGAUAUCGAUAUGGACAAUAUUAGCCAGGAAAAAACUGGCAAGACUACACACAAUGGAUGUCUGUACCCACAAAUGUCUGCAAACGGAAUUUGCAAAGUCUAUAAUAAAUCCAGGCUCUUAUACAUUUUUAAAACUUAAAUAAAAACAGUACAAUAAAUCAUGUUUACUUUUUAUUUGUAUAGCCUUUACAAACAAGAAAUGUGAAAUAAACUAUCAAAUAAAUAAAACUCUAAGACUCAGCUCUCUAUAUAACACACACACACACACCUUUUCAGAUGCAGAUACUUGUUUGCAAAUGAAACAAGCCAUACAAUCUAUCAAUUCUGUAUAGGGUCAUAAAAACUCUUUAUGUUUGAGGAACUACUUCCUCUACCGAUUUAAAUCCCAAGUUGACUGUUGGAUGGCUGAUCAAUUGCAAAAACGAUCGCCCUUCCACAUGGCAGAAUAAGGUCAAUACAUAUUUUAAUUCUAAAAAAUUCAUUACCUAUUUUGAUUUAUAUAUGAGGUGGCGCAGUAGGUAGUGCUUUCACCUCACGGAAAGAAGGUCGCUGGUUCAAGCCUCGUCUGGGUCAGGUGGCGUUUCGGUGUGGAGUUUGCAUGUUCUCUCUGCGUUUGCGUGGGUUUCCUCCGGGUGCUCCGGUUUUCCCCCACAGUCCACAGACAUGCAGUACAGGUGAAUUGGGUAGGCUCAAGUUGUCCUUAGUGUAUGAGUGUGAAUGAGUGUGUGUACGUUUCCCAUAGAUGGGUAGUGGGUGGAAGGGUGUCCGCUGCGUAAAAAACGUGCUGGACAAGUUGGCGGUUCAUUCCGCUGGAGCAACCUCGGAUUAAAAAAGGGACUAAGCCGAAAAGAAAAUGAAUUUACAUAUGAACAAAAACAAAACAAAUCUAUGUAAAACAGUGUGAUCUAUGUCAUAAAAGGAAAUGUUUAACAAUAAAUAAUUAGGACAUGUUUGUAUGUAAUUUGAUUUCUCUCUUAGUCUUGUUGUCAUUUUCACUUCAUUGCAUGUUCGUGUGAAUUUUGUGGUUCGUAAUUUUUCAAUGUAUUCUAUAAAAUAAAAACAAGUCAGUCUAAUAAAAGGUAUCUAAUUA